UAUAUAGACAGAAAUAUAAAAGCCAACAACAACAACAAUAACAGCAAUGAAUGAAUAUGAAAACUUACAUUAGAAUAAGUAGGGGGAAGAAGAAAAAUUUUACUCUUAAGGAUAGGAAGUAUGACAGACAAAUUUAUAAAAAUUUUCUACAUAAAAUCUUUAAACAUAUACAUAUUAGUUACAUUCAAUUCUAAUAGUAAUUAAAGUUUCAUUGAUAAUCACUACUAUGAUAAUUAUAUAAUGAAUUUUAUUACUUCGUUUUAAAUCUUCAUGGAUGAUAAAUAAUUAAAUAAAUAAGUGAUUAUGUAAUAAAUAUGGAACAAUAAAAGGAAAUUAUUUGAAUUGACCGACAUGUAUAAAACAUUGUGCGGAUUAGUUAUUUAAUUUAUAAAGGUAAAUUGGAAUGAGAACAAUACCGCUGAUUGUAAUGAAUUAUUUAUUUUUAAUAACAUUUUACAGUUGGAAUAUAAAAAUUACAUUACAAAAUAAUCAGAGUAAUACAAUUCAACAACUAGGUUCAAUAGAUUAUCCUAAUAAAAAGAGUACUAUAAUUAUUGAAGCUUCAUGGGAUGAAACUGAUAAGAAUCAAACUCAAGUUAUGGUUCAGGCUGGAGAAUCAAAAAUAUUUAUAUGCAGUAUAUGGACUUUAGAAUCAGAUGAUAACCAUGAUUUCGACUCAGGAACUCAUGAAACUGAACAAUCUGUUUUCUUAUUUUGUCCAAUGAGUGUUGCAUACUGUGCUCAGGAUUGUUUAUUGGUGGAUUCUACAUGGCUACUUCAGUGUACCAGACAAUUUAGAAUAGUCCCUAAUCCUGAAUUAUUAUGGACCUCACAAUUGAAGAAUUCAAAGAUUACAAAAGGUUGGCGUUUGCAAGAAGUUAUUUAUAAACUGGAUAUUGCUACAACUAGUUCUGCCGGAUUUUGGGGCUGCACGUAUGGUGGCUAUCGCUCUAAUAGCUUGGAGCUAAUUGUGAGAGAUAGACCAGCACUCCUAUAUUUGACCUCAAGUCCGCCUAACCCUGUUAAAAUUGGAACUAAUGUUAAACUAACAUGUGAGGCUGCACCUAGUCCGAAAGCUCCAUGGUACACGUUUGUCUGGCGCCGAAUAGGAACUCAAAUGCCACCUGCUCAUUCAACCUUGCGUAUAUCUGAUACAAUCUCCGUAUUGACACUUUUAUCUGUACAACCGUCUGACGAUGGAGUAUAUAGCUGUCAUAUAUUACAAUCUCAAUCGAACUCAUUGAAUGAAGAAAUGUGGGAAGACAGUGAAAACGUGACUUCGGGAUCAAGCAAAUCAUCUGAAAAACUAAGAUUUAAAAAAGAUCCAACAGUACGUCGAUUACACUUGGAAGUAUUUCAUCCCCCUACUUCCUUAAAUAUAACUGUUCAUCCUCAUGGACCUUAUAGAGCACAAACAAAUGUCACAUUCAUUUGUCAUAUACAUGGUGGUAAACCAAAGCCAUUGAUUUACUUUUAUCGGAUAAAUGCUCCGCUUGAUAAUGGAAAUAUUUCAUUGAUUCGUUCAAGUUCUUUCACCUCGAAACAUAUCCUAGAAAAUAUAACUCAAACAACAGAAUCCACAGAACUAAAGUGGCAAUUAAAAGAAGCUGAUAAUACUGCCAGUUUUGGAUGUGCUGCAACAAGCCCAAUCAUUAAAGAUCAAAUGUUCUCGCUAUUUAUUAAAGUUAAAAUUAUUUUUUCACCUCAAGAUCCUAUCCUGUCUUCCGUACCACAUGGUCCAGUAAGUGAAAAUCGUACUAAAGUAUUUACAUGUCAGUCUUCAAAAGGAAGCAAUCCAAGAGCGAAAAUUUUAUGGGAAUUGACACCUGCAAUGGAGUAUUUGUCUACAGUAUCAAAAAGAAGUUCUAAAUCAAAUGAAAAAGAAACAGUCAUGAAACCAACGACAAAUUCUGACUUUGAAUAUAUUAUGUCGGACAUCUAUUCGGAUACCAGACACGAUCCCAACAAUGGAGGUUAUAUAGCAUACAGUGAAGUACGUUUGAUUGGACGACCAUGGUUUAACGGUGCACGGGUAUCUUGCCACUUAAUUUGGAAUGAGGAAGGAAACUACAAUGUGAAACAAGUUUCAGAAGAUACCAAUCAUAUGAUUACAUAUCAAAAAACAGCUUACCUUCUUACCGAAGUAUUUUUUUGUCCAUCAGCAAUUAAUUUGAUUGCAAUUCCACAAAAUGGAAUUCAAGAAACAUUUGGUGAGCAAAUACUUGAAUGUACAGCCACAUCAUCUCAUCCUCCUGCAAUGAUCACUUGGUUCAGAAAUAAUUCUUCAGAUAAUGUACAAAAGAUCACUACAGAAAGUGUAAUGAUGGAAAAUUCUUUGAUAAAAAUUGAUACAAAUUACCAACCAAAUUUGAAAAUUACAACUGAAACAUUCCCUGGAAUCUAUGGUGGAAAACGUGUGGUUAGCAGACUGAAAUUAAAUAACAUUUCCAGAAUCUCCGAUGGUAUGCUAUUCACCUGUUUAGUCAAACAUAUCGAGUGGACAGAAUCAAUUAGUCGUACACAUCAGUUAAUGGUAUUAUAUCCACCAACGCUAAAAUUAAAAAUUAUUCCACAAACAAUGGAAGAUCGCUUAAAGUCUAAUAGUAUUACUCUAAUCUGUAAUGCUGAAGGUGGUCAACCGAAAUAUUUUGAGGGCGAAACCGACUUUCUAGAUGGUAUCCAUUAUGAAAAUAAAUUUUCGAAAAGUCAAGGAACUUCACUUAAUGAAGAUAAACAUAAUAUGUGGAAAUUCUACUGGAAAUUUCGUCCUCAGUACCCUGAAAACUGGAUGCAAUCGACUAAUCAAGAAAUACUUUUCAACGAGUUAAAUAUGUACCGAUCGAAUAAACUAAUUUUAAAUCAUCCAGGGAGGAAACAAGCUGGCGACUACACAUGUUUACUUGAAGGUCCAACUAGUACAGCACAAGUAACUAGCCAUUUAGAAUUCACAUUCGCACCAGAGUUAGCACCACCAGGAAUUACAUCAGUAACGUCUGCAGUUGGUUCACAUACCGUAAUUGAACUUCAUAUAUGGUCAUAUCCUGUACCUUCAUCUAUACACAAUCCAAAAGAUACUAAAAUAAAACAUAUUGUGACUGAAAACUGUAAUCUUCAUGAAAUUAAUUCACAAAUACCAUAUGAAAUCAAAACACAAAAGAAAACGUAUACUUGGUACAAGGUUACUACUGAGAGAUCAGCAUCAGGUGUCAAAAUCCUUCAAAAAGAAUUAGUACUCGAAAACUGGGAACCACAUAUACGGUUGAAACAAUUUUCUUCUGGUAUUAAUAAAAGGCAACUUAUUUGGACUGAUGCAAUACUUAUUGACUUUCCAUACUAUGACACGGAUAUACAAAUUAGACAAAAUGAUAGUGGAAGUAGAAGUACAUUGCGAAAAAUACCGACAGUUGUUUAUCGACUGUUUCUAAGCCCAAUUACAGAAAAGGAUUACGGGGAAUAUAUGUGUGAAUUAGAACACAUGGAAGGAAGAAAACAGUUUUUCGUGCAAGUACAACCACCUGGUAAUCCACCAAUCAAUGUAAGAAACAUGCGUUUUACACGUGAUGAUUCGAGGAUUCGAGUUUACUUUGAUCCGCUAUAUUUUUUCAAGACCAGCCAAGGUGGUUUAGCUGUUUCAGAAGAAAAUAAAAACCAUAUUGUUACGACAAAAUCUACUUCAAACAUCGUCACAGGCAACUCACUCAGUUUGCUUUCUAUAAAGAGUGACAACAGUCAACAAUUGCAAUGGAAAAUGUUAAUCAGAAUAUGCGCAUCAAAUUAUUACAGGCGCGAACAAUCAUCUGAGGAUAUAAUAAAAGAAUGUUCCUCAUCACAAUCUACACUGAAAACUCUAAAGAAACCAAAUUAUCGUUCUUGGUUAGAUUUGUAUAAAUCAUUUCCCAAUAAUAAAUAUCAAACAACUUCUCUCUCAAAUGAGUGUAUUGAUAAGCUAGUUGAAAACCCUGAACAGGGUAAAAUUGAAAUUCCGCUCAUAUAUUUAUUUAAUAAUACAUUAUAUAACACUUCUUAUUUAAAAUCCGAGAACAAAUCCAACGAAACAUUCGAGAUAAAUAAUUUGUUGUCCGAUGAUACUUCAACCGACACUCCUCAAGGAAUUUACGUUCACUGGUCCGAAAAAGAAAAAUUAACUUAUCAGUUUAGAUUUUACGAUGAAAGUGGGAGUCUGGUUUACGCAACCGACUGGGUCGAUGAAGAAAACGAUGGUUACUAUGACGAAUCAACUUUCUCUAUCUUCAGUUAUCAUAAUACCUACUUGUGGAUUGUAAUAAUUGGUGCAUUCUUCUUUCUUCUACUAGUCAUUCUAUUUGUGUUUGUAUUGCGCAGACGAUUAAACAAUAAAAAUGAUUUUCAGACACCUAAUAAUCACAGCUCAACACCAUUGAAUAAAUCUAUUAUUAAUUCUACGACCACUUCACCAAUAGCAAGUUGUAAAUUACAAGAAAAUUUCUAUGUAGCUAACUUAUCAGUUGUUGAUAGUCCUUGUUCAUUAUUAGGGAGAAAUGAAAGAGUCACUAAUAGACAAUUCCCUUUAUUGUAUAAUAAAGAUGUACAAAAGUUUCCCAAUGAAAAAUAUCUCCCACCUGAAAAACAUUCAAAUAAUCAAACGUUACUAAGGAGAAAUGACUAUCAUAGAGAAGAAAUCACUGAUGAGAAUUUACCUGCAACUAGUAUGUCAAAAAAUCUAUAUGAAUUACGUUAUAAUCAACUUGGAUUAUCGCAUAAUCAGUUCUCUGGUGAAGCCCUCAGUGAUGAACUACAGUCAACAUCUCCAGAAACUAAUUCACCUAUAGUAUCCCACUUAACUCCCAUACCAAUUAUCCGAUCAAAUGAAAUAGCUCCUUCCACACCACUUCUACUUUACAACAGUUGUUGUACCAACAGAAAGUUUAGUGUUGGAAUGAACCACUAUUUGCCACCACUUUUUGGUCCAAUCCCUAUUCAGUAUAAUUCAAAAUCCUCAAAUUCAAUUAGUGAACUUUCAUCGCCUUUUCUUGGAAAUGGAAAUCAUUUUAGGAAAACGUAUCGAGCCCCCGCUAACACUUGUUAUCAUCACCAUCUUCAGAAUGGUACAACUAACAAUGAUACCCGAAAUACCAUCUACAAUAAACGAAACAAUCAAGAAGAUCUAACUGACCAAACAAUCUGUAAAUCUAAAAUGAAUCAGCCAAAGUUACAUAACGCUUUAGAUAUUAAAAAUGAUGUAACCAACACUUUAAAUUGCUGCAGUCCACCAACUGAAAUGAACCUUUUACAAGUAAAUGGUAAAUGUAAUACACUAGAAACAGAUUCAUUUGGACAAUAUAACUCAAAUCAUAAACCUAAAAACAGAUUAAUGAAUAAUUUAUACCCUUUGAAUCACACAGAGUUUCAAUCUUCCCAUAUUAAUCCUAAUCGAAAUAAUAACAAUUGUAAUAUUAACAAUUAUCUUAAUAUGUUCAAUUCUGAUAAUGACUAUUAUAAUAAUUCACAUUUUAUCAAUGAUGGUAUUAAUGAUAAUUUAAAGAAUUGUGAUACAAACAAGUUAGGUUUAAAAAUAAUCCCUAAGACUAUCCAUCAUUCUGAAUCUAAUAAAUUGUCAUCACCAUUAUUUGAACAUAGACCAAAUCUAUUAUCGACUGAUGGAAACCAUUCUGGUAGAAAUGAAGAAAGUACAUUAAUGAAUACGAUUAAUGAUACUAAUGUAUCAUUCAUACCCAAUCGACACCAUGAAGAACUACCUGAAAUGAAGAUGUCUGCAUUUAAUCAAAAUUACAAUCUUACAGAAAGGUUAAGUCCGUAUGAUAAUACAGUUUUUGGCAGUUCAACAAUUAAAUAUAAUCCAAUUUCUAUCAAUCACACAAAUAUUGAUUGUGGUGAAGUGUAUAUAAAUGAAAGCUCACAAGAAGAAAAUAAUUUUCCAUUAGGUAUUACUAAGAACAAAGAUAAUAAUAUAAAACUUUGUACUAUAAAUUCAAAAUUAGAAAAUGAUUAGAAAUUUCUAUAUAGUGAAUAUUAUACUCAACUUAUUCUAUCUUUGAUAAUUUAAGAACAUUUGAUUGUAACGAUUUUGUCAUCGAUAAAUCUAAACUUUCCUGUUUACUCCUCAUUUUCAACUUCAUUUAUUGGGGAAAAAUUGUGAGAAUACUAUUAUUUUGAUUUCAUUGUAAUAUUAUACAUAAGCAACAUAUUACUGAGAACUACUCCUAUGAAUAUUUUUAUCUUGUACAUAAUGGUUUCCUUUUCUUUUCUUCUUUUUUAAAUUUACGCUCAAAUACAUUUUAAUCUGCUG